AUGCUGCCACCCCCUAUGCAGGCCCUUGCCACCUCAUACCUGGACUGCUGCGUUAGCCGCCCUGUUGGAAACACUCCUUUACAUCUUGCUGUGAUGUUAGGAAAUAAAGAAUGUGCCCAUUUGCUUUUGGCCCACAAUGCUCCAGUAAAGGUGAAAAACGCUCAGGGAUGGAGCCCUCUGGCAGAAGCCAUCAGCUAUGGAGACAGACAGAUGAUUACAGCACUUUUAAGGAAGCUUAAGCAGCAGUCCAGGGAAAGUGUUGAAGAAAAGAGACCUCGAUUAUUAAAAGCCCUGAAAGAGCUAGGUGACUUUUAUCUAGAGCUUCACUGGGAUUUUCAAAGCUGGGUGCCUUUACUUUCCCGAAUUCUGCCUUCUGAUGCAUGUAAAAUAUACAAACAAGGUAUCAAUAUCAGGCUUGACACAACUCUCAUAGACUUUACUGACAUGAAGUGCCAACGAGGAGACUUGAGCUUCAUUUUCAGUGGUGACGCAGCGCCCUCUGAGUCGUUUGUAGUGUUAGAUAACGAGCAGAGAGUUUACCAGCGAAUCCAUCAUGAGGAAUCAGAGAUGGAAACAGAGGAAGAAGUUGACAUUUUAAUGAGCAGUGAUAUUUAUUCUGCAACUUUAUCAACCAAAUCCAUCACUUUCACACGUGCCCAAACAGGAUGGCUUUUCCGGGAAGACAAAACAGAAAGGGUGGGAAACUUUUUGGCCUACUUUUACCUGGUGAAUGGGCUUGUUUUAGAAUCCAGAAAGAGGAGAGAACACCUCAGUGAAGAGGACAUUCUUCGGAAUAAGGCCAUCGUGGAGAGCUUAAGUAAAGGCGGAAACUUAAUGGAGCAGAAUUUCGAGCCUGUCCGAAGACAGUCUCUGACUCCACCCCCACCUAACACAAUUACCUGGGAAGAGUACAUAUCUGCCGAGAAUGGAAAAGCUCCUCAUCUGGGUAGAGAACUUGUUUGCAAAGAAAGUAAGAAAACAUUUAAAGCCACAAUAGCCAUGAGCCAGGAAUUUCCCUUAGGAAUUGAAUUAUUAUUGAAUGUUUUAGAAGUCAUUGCGCCCUUCAAGCACUUUAACAAGCUUAGAGAAUUUGUUCAGAUGAAGCUUCCUCCCGGCUUUCCUGUAAAGCUCGAUAUACCUGUGUUUCCCACCAUCACAGCCACUGUGACUUUUCAGGAGUUUAGAUAUGAUGAAUUUGAUGAAUGCAUCUUCACCAUUCCUGAUGACUACAAGGAAGAUCCCAGCCGGUUUCCUGAUCUUUAACUUGCCUGGAAAAAUAACACCAGCUCACCAGUGAAAGUAAGCGGGUACAGAGAAGCCGCUACAUCGUCCAGACAGAACGGGUGUACUCCUUCCGAAGAGGAAAGGGAAAUCCCCUGAAGCAGCCCAUCGGUCACUCAUCCACUGUGAGCUGGUGGCUGCCAUUGUCCGCCUUUUUGAAAUACACAUGUUGUAAGCUUGGCAGUUUGACACCUCAGUGAUUCUAAGGAGUUGGGAUGUCAGCCAGCUAGGGGGGCUGUGGUUUGUUUUUACACCUUUUUACACUUCUUGGUGAUACAUGGAUUUAGCAUUUAAAGAAAACACUCCUGGACCAUUAACGUUUGAAAAAAUGAGAUGUCUUAAUAGAGAUCGAAGUCCUUUUAAACUUGUCAUCUUGUAUUCAGGAUGGCAGAUAUCCUUCAAGCUUGGUUUUCAUCCAUUGUAAAGUAUGUCACAUUAUGUCUAGUUCAGUCACUUGAAUGUUGUUGAACAUAAUGAACUGGAAGGAAUGCCGUUUUCUGUAGAUGAACCAACCAAAUGGUACCAUUAAACAGUUGCAUUUUCACAUUGCAAUACAUUUCAGAACUAGCAUUCACUCUGCAGGGAAUACGGUACCUCCUCUUAGCACCUUAGUGCAACUCCUGUGUGGUGCUAUUCAUGUUUUUAUCUGAAUUCUCAAGUGGAAAAUGUUUCUUACUAAUCUUUCUGCCAUAGAGUCUCUAAUUUUCUUUUCUAAUCUAUGUUCAUGAUAAAGUAUUGGUUAGCAUGCUUAUAAAUGUUCAUCUGACAAAUUCUAGCACUUUCAAAAAAAGGAAUUCGAAAGUUUUGAAAUUGGCUCUCCGUUCAGAGCCCAUCUGCCCGUCUGGCAGCCUUGUUUGUGGCUAGGAUGGGUUAUGCGUGAACUGAGAAGUGUCACAGUCUUAAAAAAGGGAAAAAAAAAAACCACAAACCUAAGACUCUGAAAAUAUAUCCUCAUAAUAUCAAACACUUUGAAUAUAGGGUAUAAGUGUUUCAUAUAAUAUAUAAAAUUCAUUUGUUAAAUUUUAGAAAUGUACACUUAAGUUUCAUGACAAUUUUUACUUCAUCUUUUUUUUUCUUAAGCCACGUAAAGGAAAAUACAUUGAUUUAUUUUGUUCUCCCGGUGUUCAAAUCAUGGAUUCUCAGUUUUGCAUUUUAAAUCUUUCCUAUUUAUUUAUUCCAAGUUGGUUUGAAGGUCCAAAGUUGAAAAUAAAUUAGUAAGAAUUAUGUCUGACAGUCACACAGUGUGAAAUAUAUUUUAGAGGAUUUAGCUACAAGUAAAUGUGAUUUAUAUAAAUGUGUCCUUGGUGACUGUACUUAAGACUGCACCUGUCAGUUCUUUCUUAUGACUUGCAUUUCAGCCUCUUUCAGGAGGCCCACUUGAAUUGGAAUUAAUUGGAAUGGGUUCCUUUACCAAGGUGUUUGUCUCUAUCUGCUGUUUAGAUCAUGAAAUAAGUUUGUCAGGAUUUCCAGAACAAGUCACCUGGUUGUUACAAAGGCAGAUUUGCUCAUUUCAAACUCUCCUGAGGUUUUUAGCCUUUAUUCCAAGAGGAUCUCUGCACAAACCAAACACUGGACCAAAGCAGCUGCACAGCCUUAGCAAGCCAGUGUGGGAAGUGUCAAAGACUAGAAGGCUGACCGUGUUGUGUUGCAUUUCCACAGUGAUCUGCCAGGGAGCCGAUGUUUACAGAGCAGGGUUAUGAUGUGACAUAGAAGAUGCAUUUAGGAAGUCAGAAGCAACACUAUGAAGAGGAAUUUUUUACAAGGAUCUCUAAGGCUGCUUUUUCCAUAUCAGUGUAUAUGACUUCGCAUAUAUGUUCAUGUUUUAGUAUUAAGAAAGGAAAUAGUUUUUAUAGUGCAGAAAAAGUAUUCAUGGUUAAAUUUUUAAAGUCAUAAUUACUGUUGUAUGUGGCCUCUUAGACCUUGGGGAGUGGGUGUUCGUUAUAGUCCUGUGUCCUUGAAGGAAGAAAAGCUGAUUUCUCAGCCUUUCUCCCUUUCGGCUUUCACUGGCUUGGGCUGAGAAUCGUCCUGUCUCUUCAAGGUCUGCCCCUGGGAGGUGGAGCACGCGACAGGGCCACUUUAGUUUCCCAUGGUUCGUGUGUAGAGUCUUACAUAAAGUCGUGUAAUUUAUUGGGGGGUGGGAGGAAUCACAUCUCAUGUAAUCACAGUGUGGGCUCGGUCAGUAUCUCCUGAAAGCUGUGAAUAUUUUACCGGGGUGCACUGGAUCCAGAAAAACUACUGAGUAUUUUUGCACUUAGAAUUUCUUUGCACAUUUGUACUUUUUAAGAAACACAAGUUCUCCAUUCCACUGUGCUGUCGUCUUCCCAGUCACAAAGGACAAACGAUGCCCCCGUACCUCUUCCAAUGGCAACUAUUAGGAAUUGACUCUGAUGCAAAUAAACUUUUCGCAGUAUUUCA